CGGGAGCGAGUGUCAGGAUCCAAGGACGGACCGCGGGCUCGCGAGCUUCAGGUCAUCUGGAAGUCCGCGAGCAUCAACAGACACCGGACUACCGGAGACAACAUUUAAAAUAUGAACUGAUGAAUUCAUUAGAAAAGAAAAGACAAAUAUCUCAAUUAUUUUUUUCCCUGUUGAAUGAAACGACACGGUGAAUCAACAGGACGAGGCGCGAGACGGUAUCAACAAUGUCAACCGGGUUUGUCGUUUAAACUGUGAAUGAAAAACAUUUUAUCCAUCAAAGAAGAAAUGAGGAUUUUCCCCUUCACCUUUGGUGUGUAACGGUGAGGGCACGGAACGAAAACAAAACGCCACCGGAGAUUUCCAACGGUUAAACAUUUGAUUUAUUAGCCUAAUUAAAAACUAAACACCUUUUAACCUGAAAGACCCGAGUCACCGGACAGAACCGGAGGAGGAAAAGCUGACGGUACCGGGCUGAUACUGGGAACGCUGGGAGUGAUCACCGUGAUUUAAAUAAAUCACAGACGGUGAAAUCAACAGGAGACCGACUGAACGACGCAGUUUUGUAACGGAAUUCUGACCCGUGAGGCUGAACAAUUAUCGGUUUUUAAUUUGAAAAACCUGCAGGAGAAGCCAGAACCGGCUGUAAACAUGGAGCUGCGUGGCGUGCUCCUUCUCACCGUGCUGCAGUGCUGUUCGGUUGCUCGCGGUGGUUGCGAGCCCCGGCUGGUAAACAUCGGUGCAGUGCUGAGUCAUAAACGCUACGAGCAGGUGUUUAAGGAGGCGGUGAGCCAGGCCAACACUCUGUAUGGUAAAGAGAAAUUCAAGAUGAACGCCAUCUCCGUCACACACAAACCCAACGCCAUCCAGAUGGCUCUGUCCGUCUGCGAGGACCUCAUCUCCAACCAGGUGUAUGCGAUCUUGGUCAGUCACCCCUCUCAGUCCAAUGACCACCUCACCCCGACACCCGUCUCCUACACCGCUGGUUUCUACCGAAUCCCAGUGGUCGGCCUGACGACACGCAUGUCCAUCUACUCUGACAAGAGCAUCCACUUGUCGUUCCUGAGGACGGUGCCUCCGUACUCCCACCAGGCUCAUGUCUGGUUCGACCUUAUGAGAGAGUUCAGGUGGAACCACAUCAUCCUCAUCGUCAGUGACGACCACGAAGGACGAGCCGCUCAGAAGAGACUGGAGACGCUGCUGGAGGAGCGAGAGACCAAGACUAAAAACAGGAACUAUGAAAACCUCGACCAACAGAACUUUGACUUCAGGAGAACACCCAAGGCAGAGAAGGUGCUGCUCUUCAGCCCAGACACCAACCUGACGGCUCUGCUGCUGGAGGCCAAAGACCUGGAGGCCCGAGUCAUCAUCCUCUCUGCCAGUGAGGAUGAAGCUGCAGCAGUGUAUAAAGCAGCCCGUCAGCUCAACAUGACCGGCUCUGGUUACGUCUGGCUGGUCGGAGAGAGAGAGAUGACCGGCAAAGCUCUGAAUGAAGCUCCAGAUGGCCUGCUGGGCCUCCAGCUGAUUAACGGUAAAAACGAGUCGGCUCACAUCGCAGACGCUGUGGCAGUGGUGGCUCAGUCUCUGCAGGAGCUGUUUGAGAAGGAGAACAUCACGGAGCCUCCGCGGGGCUGCGUGGGAAACACCAACAUCUGGAGGACAGGACCACUCUUUAAACGAGUGCUGAUGUCAUCCAAGUACCCUGACGGUCUGACUGGACGGAUUGAGUUUAACGACGACGGCGACCGACGCUUCGCAACCUACAGCAUCCUGAACUGGCAACAGAAGCCAAGUCGCCUCGUCCAGGUCGGAGUCUUCAACGGCUCACAGGUUGUGAUGAACCCUCAGAGGAAGAUCAUCUGGCCUGGAGGAGAGACAGAGAAACCAGUUGGAUACCAGAUGUCGACUAAACUGAAGAUUGUAACGAUCCAUCAGGAACCAUUUGUUUACGUGAAGCCAACAAAGACUGAUGGGACAUGUAAAGAGGAGUACACCGUCAACGGAGUCUUAAUCAAGAAGGUGAUCUGUACCGGACCCAAUGGGACGACACCAGGUCAGCCCAUCGUCCCUCAGUGUUGCUAUGGUUUCUGCAUUGACCUGCUCAUCAAGCUGGCAAUGAGCAUGAACUUCACCUACGAAGUUCACCUGGUUGCUGAUGGGAAAUUUGGCACGCAGGAGCGCGUGAACAACAGUAACAAGAAGGAGUGGAACGGGAUGAUGGGGGAGCUGUUGGGAGGUCUAGCCGACAUGAUCGUCGCUCCCCUCACCAUCAACAACGAGCGUGCUCAGUACAUUGAGUUCUCCAAACCCUUUAAAUACCAGGGGCUUACCAUCCUCGUCAAGAAGGAAAUCCCUCGCAGCACUCUGGAUUCAUUCAUGCAGCCGUUCCAGAGCACACUGUGGCUGUUAGUCGGUCUGUCGGUCCAUGUGGUGGCAGUGAUGCUUUACCUAUUAGACCGGUUCAGCCCGUUUGGAAGGUUUAAAGUAAACAGUGAAGAAGAAGAAGAAGACGCCCUCACCCUGUCCUCUGCCAUGUGGUUCUCAUGGGGAGUACUGUUGAACUCUGGGAUAGGAGAAGGAGCUCCCAGGAGUUUCUCAGCGAGGAUUCUGGGUAUGGUGUGGGCAGGUUUCGCUAUGAUCAUUGUAGCAUCAUAUACUGCCAACCUGGCAGCCUUCCUUGUGUUGGACCGGCCUGAGGAGCGCAUCACUGGCAUCAAUGACCCCAGGCUGCGUAACCCAUCAGAUAAGUUCAUCUACGCCACAGUGAAGCAGAGUUCGGUGGAUAUCUACUUCAGACGGCAGGUGGAGCUGAGCACCAUGUACCGGCACAUGGAGAAACACAACUAUGAGAGCGCUGCUGAGGCCAUCCAAGCCGUCAGAGACAAUUUGCUUCAUGCCUUCAUCUGGGACAGCGCUGUGUUGGAGUUCGAGGCAUCACAGAAGUGCGAUCUGGUGACGACAGGAGAGCUUUUCUUUCGCUCCGGAUUUGGGAUUGGAAUGAGAAAAGACAGUCCGUGGAAACAGAACGUUUCUUUGGCUAUUCUCAGCUCACAUGAGAAUGGCUUUAUGGAGGACCUGGACAAGACGUGGGUUCGAUACCAGGAGUGUGACUCCAGGAGCAACGCCCCCGCUACCCUUACGUUCGAGAACAUGGCAGGUGUGUUCAUGCUGGUUGCCGGGGGCAUCGUCGCCGGGAUCUUCCUCAUCUUCAUCGAGAUCGCUUACAAACGACACAAAGACGCUCGAAGGAAACAGAUGCAGCUCGCCUUUGCUGCUGUGAACGUCUGGAGGAAAAACCUGCAGGAUAGGAAAAGUAGAGCAGAGCCCGAGUCCAAAACCUCUUUUAGGUCCAUCACUUCGACCUCCGACCUCAAAUGCCGUAAGGCCUCCGGGGAUGCCACGCCGUACCCGACUGACAUCACCGGCCAGCUCAACCUAUCAGAUCCCUCCGUCAGCACCGUGGUCUAAGAGGGAAAGAGAGCUACACUGCUGCUGCUGAGCCACACACACACACACACACACACAAACACACACAUCAUAUAAACACAGAUGGACAGACUGAGCGUCCUCUGAAACAGGAAGUAGAAUAUGAUGGCAUCAGGACUUUUGGAUGGAAUCACACUGCGCCAACACACAGACACACACACACACCAUCUGUCAUCCCAAACACACAAACACACACACACAUCGCCUCGCCUUGCUCUGCUUGUAGCCGUCAGCCUCCUCCAAACAGAGGGUCUUUUAUUUUAAAAGAACUGUUUAAAAUAGCUUUUAUAUCGGUUGAUGUCUUUGAUGUUGCACAGUUUCCUGUCUGUCACACUGAUUGAUCGUACUGACUCAUCGAUCCUCCCGAUCAGUUUUUGCUUCAUCUCGCCGGAAACUCGAGCUCCGAAACUCCAACGCAGAUGUUUCCUCCGAACGGAAACACACACACGCACCUGCCGAUCGAUCGGGAACCUAUUGAUCGAUCAGGAACUUGUUGAUCGAUCGGGAACCCGUCGGUCGUUCGGGGGACCUAAUCACUGAUCAGAGAGUGGUAGGUGGGCUGAGCCUCUGGGAUAGGAAGUAUUUUCUAACCACAACGUCUCCUGCAUCACUGAACCAGGUGCACGUUCAAUCUCAAAACAAUGUGCACCGUUUUGCUACAGUUUCCGGGUUGAACGACACGUUUCCUCGGAAAGGUGUAAAACGGUGUGCAACGAGCUUUGAGGUAGGUUUUCUCUCAGUUGGUGGAUGUGUUACCUAAUCAGCAGAGACGUGUACGUAAAAUCGUGGUAAUAAAAAGGCAGUCCACUUGUGCACGUAGCAGGGUGUUUAGCACGCAUCCGUUUCAGUAAAUAAACGGUUUGCUAUGCUUUGUCGGGGCUGAACAUUCCCCUGACUGCAGGGAUCUGUAAUUGCUUCUCAACGACGAGGCUCAUGGGUACUGUAGUCUCUAGAGCCACUCCACCAAACUGAGGAGAAAAUGUGAUCUGACAGUUUGGUUCAAUGAUUCAGGAACUUCUAUUUAUACCUCUAUUUAGCAUUUAUAAGAAGUAUAUAAAGAAUUAAUAAAUCGUUUAUAACACUGAAUGAUUUAAGCCGAUAUGAGGACAUUUUUAUUGGUAAUUUUACUUAUUUGGUAUAUUAAUGAACAAAUCAUGUAUACAUGAAUAUUUCUUCUUCACUCUGACUUCAAAUGAGCAAACUCUGUCCUCUGAUGAAGGCCAUGAGAUGCAGCUGAUAGCUCUUGUAGAAAAAGUUGACUUUGAGUCACAGAUGCUACAGAAGUUAUAAAUGUUGUCAAAUACAGUACAUUACGCUUUUAUAAAGUCCUUAUAUCUGUUGUGUUAUAAAUCAUUUAUUAAGUGUUAUACUGCUUAAAAGUGCUGAAUAGAGGGAUUUAAGUAAAGUGCACUAACUUAAUACGAACAACAUUAACAUUAUUAUUAUAAUAAUCUAAGUCAUAUAUUUUAUAUUAUCUUAAAUAUUUAAAGAAAAGUUGUAUUUAAUAAUGUCAAAAGUGGCAAAUUUAGAGUAAUCUGUAACAAUCUACAUUUAUGUGUAUAUGAUUUUACAUAAAAGUCCUAAUAGAUAUUGUACACACAAAACAAGAACUUGUUCACAAUUUGUGUUAAGAGAUAAAAAACUGAAUUAAACUUAAACUUAUUUUUUUUUUUAAACUUUCAGGACUUUGGAGACACUGUAGAGUUUAUCUAUUAUCACACUGUUAUAAAAGUGUUAUAAUGCUCUGUUUUGCAUAAUAACAACACAUUUGACAUUAAACUACAUUGAAGAUCAGAACCAGAUGUUUAAUGUCAUCACAGGUGUAGAAAAAGGUCUCAAUAUUCACUUCAGUUGUUGAAAUUACAUAUUUAUUUUGAAUAGGAAAUUAGAUUAUUUUGUGAUAGCAUUUUUUUAUUGAUUAGGAAAUGCAUUUGGUGUAAUAAUUUAUAUUGUUUUUAUUUUUUACAUUGUGUUUUUUUAAUGAAAUUUAUCUACAUCAUGGUUUAAAUGUUCCAGAUUCACACUGCCAGAAAUAUUUAAUUUAAUUUGUAUUUAACUGAAAUAUUUUGUAUAAUAGAUUAAUAUUGAUCCAGCCCCCUUUAUGAUAAUCACAAUUUCUUUUAAUUCAGUUAGAAAAUACUUCCUGAACCAGAGGCUCCCCCCACCGUCCCCGUGACAGCCCCAGGGCAUGAUGGGACAUGUAGUCACUGCUCCACCUCCACUGUGUCUCUGCUGAUGAUGUCAGUCUCUGUCUACCUCCACAACGCUGUAACUCCAACCUGCCAAUAACAGAAACUGAUGUCCUGUGAAAACCUCUUAACUCUUCCCAGGCCUGUCCACACAGGCCCGCUGGAGUUAGGAGGUUUUCACGCUGCAGAGGCAAUGUAGCUGCCAUCUCUUUACAGUUAAAUAUAAAUAAGGUUGUUCUAUUAAAAAAAAAAAAACUCACUGAGAACACGAAAACUUCUUCAGGAACGUAAUUUUAAAGAACGUCAACCUUCACCUUAAAAUAUUUGUGAAAAUCCGCCUGCACAGACUUGAAACAUCACACAGUUUAUUAUUUUUAGUUAUCAUCAUGGGAUGAUUGGCAGUUUGUUUAGAGACCGUACAAUUUAAAAGUGAUAGAAAAACAGGAAAUAAAUUAAAGAAAUAUCCCAAAUAACUUGUUUUAUUGGAAAAAAGAUCACCUGAAGAUCGAGAUAGCAACUAACGCUAACAAGCUAGUUGUUUGUUUGCCAUCUCUGCACAAUGAAGAUAACAUCAUUUCUGAAUGUGAUUUAAGACCAACAAACACUAAUGUUGAAUCUCUAAAUGACAGUUUGAUUGCUGAAUAUGAUGAAGACCAACACAGCUAAUGCUAGUACUAUUGUACCAGUUAACCCUCAUGUUGUCCUCGGGUCAAAUUUGACCCAUUUUCAAAAAGUUUCUAUAUCAGAAAGAAGUUUCUUUCAACCAAAUUGUCAAAAAAAUAUAUAACAUGGAUGGUUCCAUACAACGCUCUUCACAAGUAAAAUAAGUGAUCAGUUGAAAAAAUGUCUAAACAAAUGUUAAAAAAACGCAGAAAAAAUCGGAAAAGGUGACAAAAACAUCGGAAAAGGUGACACAAGUGUCAAAGUCAACCAAAACGUUAAAAAUAAGUUUGAAUUUUAAAUCUUGACCCAGAAAACCAAAACGUUGCAUGGUCAACGGGAAGACAAGGCUAACUGUAGUCAGCCUUUUCCUACAGCUAAACUACAGACAUAACAGCGUUUCUAAACCUGACCAAGAUCAGCACGGCUAAUGCUAAUCCUGUGUACGAGAUGAGUCUAACAAGCUACUGUAUAAACUCCAAUGAUAGCAAGGUUUUUGAUAAGAACAAGACAUCUAAUGCUUAAGUUCCAGAUAAGCCUAACAGGCUACACAUUUAAUGCUGCUGCUAAUGCUAAAGUACCAGUUAUAGGCUAAAUGGUUCCCAUCACCAAAAUAUAGUAAUAAGGACAUUUUUAAGACCUACACAACUAAUGCUAGUUCUAAUGCCAAUUUAGCUCAUAUGGCUGGCUGUAGCUAGCUGUUUCCUCUCCAAGAAAAUCCAUAAAUGUUCUUUUGCUUACAAAUGAGUCAAUGAUCAAAAAAUUGUUUCUCAGCCAGAUUGUUGUCGAUUGACUGAUCGUUUAUUAACUAAUUGUUUCAGCUUUAAUCAGGAUGAUACUUAAUAAGGGCCAAUAAACAGGUUUCUAAUAUUUCAUCUCAUUUCUAAAGAAAAUGUGUAAAAGGCUUAUUAUAGUUCAUCUAAAUCUUCCUUUUCAUUAAUCUAUUUGUUUUUCAUCUUUACAUAUAUAAUUUAAAGUGGCACAGUUUACACUCGUUUUUUUCUGGUUACUUCCUGUUAAGAGCAUCUAUAGAAACUGUCAUGAAGAGCAUUUUCUUUGGUGAUUCCUUUGUUUCAUAAAAAAGGGAAGGUUUUUGUGCAUAUCAUAGAGCAAAAUAAGACGAAAAUUAAAACGUCUUUGCUGCUCUCAGGUCAGCAGUUUUCCAGCUGCAGUGAAACUCUCCAGAGAUCGGCUGAAUUAAGACAAAGAUUUGUUUGUUCCUUUAGUUUACUGGAGCAUCCUCGUCGUUGUGGUCAUCGUCACGUCUGUGCAGGCCGAUUCUCCAGAGACUCACUUUUAUUUAGCUCUGUCUGAACUAAAGCGACUCCCUGACCUGAAGUCAACUCGGCAAGGUUUUUCACAGGUGAAGGUCCGACGGAGCCGAUCGAUGUGCGCUGAAAAACAAAUAUUGAUUUUAGUUUAAGAGCAGCAGAUGGUCUGUGGUUGUAAUUAUCACAUGAGUUUAAAGAUCUGCAGUCAGAAUUAUUAUUGAACACUUAUACUAAAUUCAUGAAAACAUACUUUUCAUUGUUCUCAGUGACGUUCGGCUCGUUUCACUUGUUAACACUGACGCUGUGUUAAAGGGGAGCUGCACCUGCCAGGACUCACUUUAGACCUGGAAUCAAUUCAUGAAUAAAAUGAGUUUAUUACAGUUUAAUACAGAAUUAGAGGCUGCUCAUGCAUAUUGUCAUUAUGUAUUAUAUUCCUCAAACUUAUAAGAACCGUCACUGUUUAAUUUUAGGUUCAAUUUGAGAGUAGAGUCGGCAGAAAUGUCCAUCAGUUUCUUUUGUUAAACUGACUCCCACCCAGGAAAAUGAACUAUGUAGCUGCAGACUGCACUUCGUUUUCAUGCUGAACUCUUCUGUUUGCUGUGUGUCUUUUACAAUAUCUAGUCUUAGUGAUUUGUGUGUUUUGAUAUACAGCAGACACUUAACUCCACAUGAUGUUAUUAUUCAUGCUGUCAAUCUCUGCUUUAGGAAAUGUCUCAAACACUGAAAAACAAUAAAAACAGAACGUUCCUCAAUAGAUCUUAUUUAGGUUUUAAUAUAAAUAAGGCAGCAGCUUCAUAUCACAUAAUCUUGAAGUUGUAGAGGGGCCCAGAGGUAUAGUUUAGGUUUUUUUUUUAUUUCGGUUUAUAAUGUGCUGACAUGCAUGCAUAUUAAUAAACAAACCUAUGGUUAAAGUUACCACAAACUAAUAACUAACUAGUAACUGAUCCAUAAAACACAGGAGUUGUUUUUUUUAGAACCAUCGUCUUUGACACAUAAAAUAAAAAUAUACAUGUAGCGUUCAAUAAUAUAUACAUAUGUAUAAAGUAUUAGAGUACUAAUUCCUUCAAGUCCUUCAUUUUUUUCCUAACUUUUCAAUAAUAAUUUAAAGAUUUUUAAUUAUAACGGUGAAUUUUAUCAAACCAGUAUAGUUGUAAACUUUAUAUUAAAACUUUAAUAAAUCAGUGUGUUAAAGUUGAUCCGUGUCUGUGCAGCUCACCCUUAUGCUUUUAUUAUGAUGUCAUAAUGUGACAUGCUGUGAUGUCCUGAAGUGUUUUGCACUUUAAAUUGUUGCUUAUUGUUUGUUUGUUUGUUUUUUUAAUGAUUUGUUUUGGAUGUAAAGCACUGAUUUAACUUCCUGUUUCAGGAGUUUUUUUUCUCCUGUUGUACAGAAGAAGAAGAUGAUUAUGAUGAUGAUGAUGAUGAUGGUGAUGGUGAUGGUGGUGAUGAUGAUGAUGUCGCGUCGUCUCACUGCUGUUUGUUUAAAUCUAUAAUCCUGUGUAAACUGAUCAGAAGUCAGUUACAUAAAACAGCUGUUGAAGGAGAUGAAGUGACGUGAUGUCUUUGCCUUUCUGUCUCAUUAACACUGAAACUGUAGAAGAAGAAGUUUCCCUCCUUCCUCCCCCGUGUGCAGCACUUUUUCCACGAAUGUGAACAGUCGACCUUUGACCUCUUCAGGACUCGACAUGAACUGUGUUAGUGCAAUCUUCUGUUUGUUUUAUUCUUGAAGCCGCUCGACCUUUUCUCAUGCGACAUUAAAGAGUUAAACAGUAAUUAUUAGUGAUCAGUUGAACUGUGAGCAGACUGCAGAGAAACCAGUAACGCUGGUCCCACUGGUCUCACUGGUCCCACCGCGUCUCUAAAGGAUCUGAGAUGCAGCUGUGAAGACUGUAAAGUUCCUGGAAAGAAAAAAAAAGUCAUUUGGUACUAGUUAUUAGAAAUAAUAAAGUAAAUGUUUAGUGUAACUUAACUAAACCUGCAGAAAUGUAAAGUUUGUGUACAGCAUAUCAUGACAAUCUACAUAUAUUGAGAUUUAAGUUUCCAGUAAUAAAUUAAUAUUUACUUCAGUUUAAA